UGGGUAAAAUCUAGGAAGUCUCGCUUUUUCCGGUUCUCUGUCCUGGUUCUUGUUGCGGCGUAUUCGCACCCCGAAGCAGGAAUGUCGGGUUUCAGCCCAGAGCUCAUCGACUACCUGGAAGGGAAGAUCUCCUUUGAGGAGUUCGAAAGGCGGAGAGAAGAGAGAAAAACCCGCGAGAAGAAAAGUGUUCAGGAAAAAGGAAAGUUAUCAGUUGAAGAAAAUCCACAUGACUCUGAAGUUCCAUCAUCAUCAGGAAUUGACUCCAGCAAAUCGCAGGACAAUGAGGUCAAUGAAGGAGAAACGUCAGAUGGAGUCAGUAAAUCAGUUCACAAGGUCUUUGCUUCCAUGCUUGGAGAGAAUGAAGAUGAUGAGGAGGAAGAGGAAGAAGAAGAAGAAGAGGAAGAAGAAACACCUGAGCAACCCACUGCAGGCGAUGUGUUUGUAUUGGAGAUGGUUCUCAAUCGUGAAACCAAGAAGAUGAUGAAAGAGAAAAGACCUCGAAGUAAACUUCCCAGAGCUCUGAGGGGUCUCAUGGGUGAAGCCAACAUUCGCUUUGCUCGAGGAGAACGGGAGGAGGCGAUAUUGAUGUGCAUGGAAAUCAUAAGACAAGCUCCUCUGGCUUAUGAGCCAUUCUCUACUCUGGCCAUGAUAUAUGAGGACCAAGGUGACAUGGAGAAGUCUCUGCAAUUUGAGUUGAUUGCUGCACAUUUAAAUCCCAGUGACACUGAAGAAUGGGUUAGAUUGGCAGAAAUGUCUCUGGAACAAGAUAAUAUUAAGCAGGCUAUUUUUUGCUACACAAAAGCUCUUAAAUAUGAACCUACUAAUGUCCGUUACCUGUGGGAGCGAUCAAGCCUUUAUGAACAAAUGGGGGAUCAUAAAAUGGCAAUGGAUGGUUAUAGGCGUAUUUUAAACCUUUUAUCUCCAUCUGAUGGAGAACGUUUUAUGCAGUUGACUAGAGAUAUGGCAAAGAGUUACUAUGAAGCCAAUGAUGUUACUUCAGCUAUUAACAUAAUUGAAGAAGCUUUUUCAAAACAUCAGGGUCUUGUUUCCAUGGAAGAUGUUAAUGUAGCAGCUGAACUAUAUAUUUCUAACAAACAGUAUGACAGAGCUUUGGAGGUAAUAACAGAUUUUUCUGGAAUUGUGCUGGAAAAAAAAACUACAGAAGAAGGCACUUCAGAAGAGAAUAAAGCUGGUGAAAAUGUUACCUGCACUAUACCUGAUGGUGUGCCAAUAGAUAUCACAGUGAAGUUGAUGGUCUGCCUUGUACAUCUCAACAUUCUUGAACCACUUAAUCCUCUCUUGACAACACUAGUGGAACAGAAUCCUGAAGAUAUGGGAGACCUCUAUCUAGAUGUUGCUGAAGCUUUUCUGGAUGUUGGUGAAUAUAAUUCUGCACUUCCCCUCCUUAGUGCACUAGUCUGCUCUGAAAGAUACAACCUCGCAGUAGUUUGGCUUCGGCAUGCAGAAUGUUUAAAGGCCUUAGGCUAUAUGGAACGCGCUGCGGAAAGCUAUGGCAAAGUGGUUGAUCUGGCCCCCCUUCAUUUGGAUGCAAGAAUUUCACUUUCCACCCUUCAGCAGCAGCUGGGCCGUCCUGAGAAAGCUCUGGAAGCUCUGGAACCAAUGUAUGAUCCAGAUACUUUAGCACAGGAUGCAAAUGCUGCACAGCAGGAACUGAAGUUAUUGCUUCAUCGUUCUACUCUGUUGUUUUCCCAAGGCAAAACGUAUGGUUAUGUGGAUACCUUACUUACCAUGUUAGCCAUGCUUUUAAAGGUAGCAAUGAAUAGAGCUCAAGUUUGUUUGAUAUCUAGCUCCAAAUCUGGAGAGAGGCAUCUCUACCUUAUAAAAGUGUCAAGAGACAAAAUAUCAGACAGCAGUGACCAAGAGACCGCAAAUUGUGAUGCAAAAGCAAUAUUUGCUGUACUCACAAGUGUCUUGACAAAAGAUGACUGGUGGAACCUUCUGUUGAAGGCCAUAUACUCCUUAUGUGACCUAUCCCGAUUUCAAGAGGCUGAGUUACUUGUGGAUUCUUCACUGGAAUAUUAUUCAUUUUAUGAUGACAGGCAAAAACGCAAAGAAUUAGAAUACUUUGGUCUGUCUGCUGCAAUACUGGACAAAAAUUUCAGAAAGGCAUACAACUAUAUCAGGGUGAUGGUAAUGGAAAAUGUCAAUAAACCUCAGCUCUGGAACAUUUUCAAUCAGGUUACCAUGCACUCCCAAGAGGUACGACAUCAUCGCUUCUGUCUUCGCCUAAUGCUGAAAAACCCAGAUAAUCAUGCCCUGUGUGUCUUAAAUGGACACAAUGCAUUUGUAUCUGGUAGUUUUAAGCACGCGCUUGGACAAUAUGUGCAAGCCUUUCGCACCCAUCCCCAUGAACCUCUCUAUAGCCUGUGUAUAGGCCUAACGUUUAUUCACAUGGCCUCUCAGAAGUAUGUAUUAAGGAGACAUGCUCUUACUGUGCAGGGCUUUUCCUUUCUUAAUCGAUACCUCAGCAUACGUGGGCCUUGCCAGGAAUCAUUCUACAAUUUGGGCCGUGGCCUUCACCAGCUGGGGCUGAUUCAUCUUGCAAUCCACUAUUAUCAGAAGGCCUUGGAUCUCCCUCCACUUGUGGUAGAGGGUAUAGAAGUUGACCAGUUAGACUUACGAAGAGAUAUUGCCUACAACUUGUCUCUAAUUUAUCAGAGCAGUGGGAAUAUUGGAAUGGCUCAAAAGCUUUUGUAUACCUAUUGCUGUAUAUAAAGUACCUCAGCUGAGAAAGAAGCAUUGGUGCUGUGUGUGGACCAAUAUUUUCUGUCUAAGGGCUAAGUAUUAACUAAGUAUUAACCUGAAAUAGAAAUGACAGUUUGAGAAUUAUCAUUGUAUUUAAUUUUUAAUAUGUGAUAAUGAUCUUUUGAUAGAUAUGCAAAAGUAUCAUUCCAAGAGUUUGUACAUUGUUCUAUCAUUUUCUUUUAGCAUUAUUUUUAGUAAAAUUGUCCCCAAAGGUGAAAUGGAGAAUGUUAGCCUUUAAGCCAGCUUUGAGCUAAAUGUGCUCAUUUUUUACUCAUACCAUUUAUUCAUCUGUGCAUUCAUUACUAUGUAUUAAACACCUUUGUACCUUGGAAUAUAGUAAGACAGAUGUGACCUCUCAAUACAGUUCUCUAAAUACAGAACUUGAGCAAUAUAUUCAUUUGAAAGAAAUGUUUGCUACAUUUCUACCUACAUUAUCAUUGACCUUUCCAUUUCUUAGUGCCCUGUUACUAUUGCAUGGGCAGUUUAUCAGGUACAUAGAAAAGGAUGUUAUUGAAGGAAAGACAAGUUGGGACUCUUUCUCAUAUCAGCACAAUUAUGUAAUUGACUUAGCUCCUAAGAAAAUUAUUUGAAAUGGUUAUAUAGUAGGAAGACACAUAAUUGAGUUAAUCUUUUACUUUUCACCUCCAUGUGUCUUAGUUGUAUAGAUUGCUUAGUUGUAUAGAUUCAGAACAUCCUGUUCCAAGACAAAUUAAAAAAUGCAUUACAAAUGUUGGUGGCUUUCUGACAAAAAAAAAAUGUAGAAAAGAGAGGACCACAUUUAAUAAUAUGACCUAGCUUGCAUUUCAAGAUCACUAGGAAUGUAGGAAGAUUAGAGAAUUCUAUGUAUGGAGUAAAGUAUUGCUGUGAUAAAGUUAAAAAAAUAGAUGAAAAAUUUUUACUUAAAUACGUUAUGUUCUUGAAUCUAAGAUAACAAUAGUUUUAAGAUAUACUUUUGGUUUACUAACAGUUUUUGAGAGUUUCUUUUUAGGGGAAAAAAUGCUGUAAUAAGUGUGUGUUUGGAUUAUAUGACGUAUUCUAAUUGUGAGAGGGAAACACGUAUGAGACUUAGGAUCAAAGAAAUAGUAUGAGGGCUUUUUAGGAAUUCUUACCACUACAAAGUAGUUGAAAAGCAAAAUUUGUAUAUAAUAAGUAAAUGUAUCAUGUAUUCUGUGUGUGUGUGUGUGUAUUUAAAU